AUGAGGAGCUUGUGGAAAAUUCCAGUUCUCUUCUUUGUUUGCAGUUUCCUGGGGACCUGGGCAUCAGUGACUGUCAAGCGUCGCCCAAGGUUCCCUGUUAAUUCAAAUUCCAAUGGUGAAAAUGAACUCUGUCCAAAGGUCAGGAUUGGACAAGAUGAUUUACCAGGAUAUGACUUGAUUUCUCAGUUCCAGAUAGAUAAGGCAGCAUCCAGAAGAGCUAUCCAGAGGGUAGUUGGAUCAACUGCCUUACAGGUGGCUUACAAGCUGGGAAAUAAUGUAGACUUCAGGAUUCCAACCAGGCAUUUGUAUCCCAGUGGGCUGCCUGAAGAAUACUCCUUUCUAACCACUUUUCGGAUGACUGGAAGCACACUUGAAAAGCAUUGGAGCAUUUGGCAGAUUCAGGAUUCCUCAGGGAAGGAGCAAGUUGGCGUGAAGAUUAAUGGCCAAACAAAAUCUGUUUCAUUUUCAUACAAGGGGCUGGAUGGAAGUCUCCAAACUGCAGCCUUUUCGAAUUUGCCCUCCUUGUUCGAUUCCCAGUGGCAUAAGCUCAUGAUUGGCGUGGAAAGGAGCAGUGCGACUCUUUUCGUUGACUGCAACAGGAUUGAGUCCUUACCGAUAAAGCCAAGAGGUCAGAUCGAUGUCGAUGGCUUUGCUGUGCUGGGAAAACUUGUGGAUAAUCCUCAAGUUUCUGUUCCGUUUGAACUUCAAUGGAUGCUGAUCCACUGUGACCCGCUGCGACCCCGGAGAGAAACUUGUCAUGAACUGCCAGCCAGGAUCACGUCCAGGCUUUUGCUGCACAGGCCAGAUAUUGAAGAAGCGCGGGUCCCACCCACAGCCUGGCGGGUAGAAACCACUUGCGCCGGGGAGGGGGGCGGCGGAAGGGGUAUGGAUCCAGCUUGGAUGGCUUACGACCCUCCCCAGACCCCGGACCUCUCACCCCCCAGCCUCUCUCCAGGAAAAUGCCAGUCGACUACUCAAGCCCUCGGUGGCACACAGGCCACCGGAGAAGACUCUGGGGACCGCGAGAGGCUCCCCAGGGGAGGAACUCACGCCUCCCCGGCCGGCGCCCCCUCGCAUCCCCGGCUCCCGGGGGCGCUCUUGACGGGGACAAACGCCCCUGCGCGCGCCGCGGGCAUGGCCUGGGCGGCGUCGGGCCGCAGGGCCCUCGGGCUGCGACUGCUGCUGUCGGGGCUCUGCUUGUGCGCGGCUCAAAGGGGCCCCCCAGGUGAGCAGGGUCCUCCGGGGCCGCCGGGUCCCCCUGGAGUCCCGGGCAUCGACGGCAUCGACGGUGAUCGCGGUCCGAAGGGUCCCCCAGGACCCCCGGGUCCCCCUGGAGAGCCGGGGAAACCAGGAGCUCCAGGCAAGCCUGGCACACCGGGCGCCGACGGAUUAACAGGUCCCGAUGGAUCCCCAGGUUCUGUUGGACCAAGAGGACAAAAAGGAGAACCUGGUGUGCCAGGACCUCGUGGAUUUCCAGGCCGUGGUAUUCCUGGACCUCCUGGUCCUCCUGGGGGAGCAGGACUCCCUGGAGAGCUUGGCCGUGUUGGACCGAUUGGCGAUCCUGGGAAAAGAGGACCACCGGGCCCCCCUGGCCCCCCGGGACCCAGUGGAACAAUUGGCUUUCAUGAUGGAGAUCCGUUGUGUCCCAAUUCCUGCCCACCGGGUCGUUCGGGAUACCCAGGUCUGCCAGGCAUGAGGGGUCAUAAAGGAGCUAAAGGAGAGAUUGGUGAACCUGGAAGACAAGGUCACAAGGGUGAAGAAGGGGACCAGGGCGGACUGGGAGAAGUUGGAGCUCAAGGACCUCCGGGAGCUCAAGGUUUGAGAGGCAUUACCGGCGUAGCUGGCGAGAAAGGGGAAAAGGGCGCUCGGGGCUUAGAUGGAGAACCUGGGCCUCAGGGGCUCCCUGGUGCACCUGGUGACCAAGGACAGCGAGGACCUCCAGGAGAAAUAGGUCCCAAGGGAGACAGAGGCCCUCAAGGUUCUCCUGGAAUUCCUGGUCUCCCUGGGCCCAAAGGGGACACGGGCUUGCCAGGUGUGGAUGGCCGUGACGGAAUACCUGGAAUGCCAGGAACAAAGGGAGAACCAGGGAAACCCGGGCCUCCUGGUGAAGCAGGUUUGCAGGGAUUACCUGGUAUACCUGGAAUUCCUGGCGCAAAGGGUGUGACUGGUGAAAAGGGUAACACAGGUGCUCCAGGGAAGCCCGGUCAAUUGGGGAAUUCUGGCAAACCGGGCCGCCAGGGGCCGCCCGGAGAAGUGGGACCCCGAGGACCCCGGGGCCUUUCUGGCAGCAGAGGUGAAGUAGGACCAGUGGGACCCCCAGGGCCACCGGGUAAACUGGGUUCUCUUGGCAGCCCCGGCCUUCCUGGCUUGCCUGGCCCCCCUGGACUUCCUGGGAUGAAAGGUGACAGGGGUGUAGUUGGUGAACCCGGUCCAAAGGGUGAGCAGGGCGCCUCUGGUGAAGAGGGUGAAGCUGGAGAAAGGGGUGAACUCGGAGAUAUAGGAUUACCUGGCCCAAAGGGAUCUGCGGGGAACCCUGGGGAGCCUGGCCUGAGGGGGCCCGAAGGCAGCCGGGGGCUUCCUGGAGAGGAAGGACCCCGAGGCCCGCCGGGCCCGCGCGGCGUGCAGGGGGAGCAGGGCGCCACCGGCCUGCCGGGGAUCCAGGGCCCCCCGGGCAGAGCGCCGACUGAUCAGCAUAUCAAGCAGGUUUGCAUGAGAGUCAUACAAGAGCACUUCGCUCAGAUGGCUGCGAGUCUCAAGCGUCCAGACUCCGGAGCCUCGGGCCUCCCUGGGCGGCCUGGACCCCCCGGCCCCCCGGGCCCCCCUGGAGAGAAUGGCUUUCCGGGCCAGAUGGGACUCCGCGGCCUCCCGGGCAUGAAGGGCCCCCCCGGCGCUCUUGGUGUGAGGGGCCCUAAAGGUGAUGCAGGAGAAAGAGGGGAUCGUGGUCCCCCAGGAAGAGGUCCCAAAGGUUUGCCAGGAGUUCCCGGUCUCCCAGGUGACCCGGGUCCUGCCAGCUACGGGAGGAACGGCCGGGACGGCGAGCGAGGCCCCCCAGGGCCGGCGGGCAUCCCCGGCGUGCCCGGCCCCCCGGGCCCCCCGGGCCCGCCUGGUUUCUGCGAGCCAGCGUCCUGCACCAUGCAGGCCGGCCAGCGGGCGUUCAACACCAAAGGGCCCAGCCAGUGA